CUGAGCCGGCAGCAGCAGCCUCCUCCGCCUCACAUGGAGCUCAGCGGCUCCGUACAGCUGUCUCACUGAACAUGGAUGCUAACAUUGUUGUUAUGGGGACAGAAAGCGUCGGGAAAUCAGCGCUGACUGUGCGACUCUUAACGCGGAGAUUCAUCGGAGAGUAUGGAGAUAUUGAGUCCAUCUACAGUCACAGUUUUAUGGUAGAUGGGAGAGAAAUCACGCUCAAUGUCUGGGAUUCCCCGUAUUCUGGGGAUUUGUCUGUGGCGACGUCACUCUUUGAGAAGAAGGUCCAGUGGGCAGACGGUUAUGUUCUUGUCUACAGUAUCUGCGACAGGGCCAGUUUCAACACCGUCAGCAGGCUCAUUCAGGCCAUCAAGUCGACUAAAGACUACCUGAACGCAGACAAAGCGCCCAUAGUGAUUGUGGGUAACAAGAGGGACCUUCACCACAGGCGGACAGUGCUGAGCGAGGAGGGCAGGCUGCUGGCUCUCAACACAGACUGCCACUUCUACGAGGUGUCGGCGGCCGAGAACUACCACAGCGUGCUCAUGGUGUUUCACGGGCUGGUGGACAGGAUGAAGGACGCCAAGCUGACCUUGAAGAGGCCUCUAGGGUUCAGGGGCAUUGUUAAAAGUAUGUCUGCAGUGUUUGCCAGGAGACGGACAGACUCCUUUUAGUCAGACCAUGACUGAGGAGAACCUCUGCAUGACUCUGCAGAACAUACGGUUACACAUUAUGUGUAUUUGACUGGAUGGAUAUCACAGUUUGUCAGUGAAAUAUUACCAUUGUCCUGUGCCAGAGGAACCAGUGAAGUCUCCUGAGGCAGACAGAGAGGGAAGCUGCUUUUCACUGCAAAUGUGAAAAGACUCCGGUGAAGAAAGAAGCAAUGAAGUGUCAGAAAACAUGGAGACACAACAGUCACAGAUGUUUUUUAGUGACAGGUUUUAAGGUUAGCAACACUUUAAGUGAUGAAAUUACAGUCUAAUGUAUUAGAUACAUGUUAGAUAUGUAAUGAAGUAUGCAAUAUGUUUAAGAUGUGGCUACACAUUGGAAGACAUUCUAUGCACAAAUUUAAUAAGCCUUUACUCAAAAUGAGGACCAAAGAUUUAAAAAAAACUCUCAUCAGCUCACAAGUGAAACCUUUGCAUCUCUGGAAAAAGUGACUGAAAAGUGUCCUGCUCAACUGUGUAAUUAAUUCCUGAAAGUAAAACAUACAUUUGUAUUUAUCAAAGUCCAAACACUGUCAAAUAAAGUGUUUUAUAUAUUUAUGCCACGAAUAAUGGGUCAUGUACUUAAAUGUAUUGUUUAUCUUUACCUUGUUUUAUGGCUUAAGGAUUUAAAUAAAAAAUA